UGUCAUUUCUUUUCCUGCACCGAAAGUGUAUCGAGACCAUUCACUGCCAGAUAAUAAAGAGGUGCUGCUGCCACAAAUCAUCGAAUCUUGUGAUUCUACCGAAAGGAAUUGCCGCCGAUGCAAGGAAUUCGUUUGCAAUUCAGACGACGCUAAAGCAAAUGCAUUUUAUUUAGAUAAUUGUCAACAAUAUUGGAGCUGCAGAAAUGGGAUCAACAUCCGGUGAAGAGUACUCGGGUCGCAGCUUUAACACAUCCAUGGAAUCAAUGGACAGCAGCAGUGACAGCGAUGGUUCGUUCAAUGAUAAUAAACAGACCGAGUACCCGCCAAACAAACGGCCCAGAAGCCGUUCCAAUCACUCCGACUCGGAACACGAUGAUCGGCCGGCGAAGGAAGCGUCGCUCGAAUACAACAAUUACUCCGCCAAAUCGAUGCGAAUGAUGAAAAACAUGGGCUACGAUCGGAACAAAGGUCUGGGCAUAUCCGGCCAGGGCAUCAUCGAACCAGUGGCUGCAUCCGAUCACAAGGGCAGACGGGGUCUAGGUCUGAAAUUGGAGGGACUGGACAAUGCGGCCGGCAAAUUCGAUCCGGAAAUGGAAGUGGUGUCGAUGAACGAGACGGUCAGUUGGCUGCCGAAUAUGACACACAAUUUGGAUGACAUUUCACGGGACGUUUUAGAUUCGUGGCUGCAGAUCGGUCGUCGCCUGUUGACCAUCGACAAUGAAAACACGUUCUGCGAUCCGGACGUGCUGCACGAGAUUUUGAAUUCGAAGACCAUUUUCGAUGACAUUGACCGCGAGGAAUUGAGACGGGCCCGGACCAGAUGCAAUCCGUUCGAAACGAUUCGCGGAUCGAUAUUCCUGAACCGGGCAGCCGUUAAAAUGGCCAACAUCGACGCAAUAUUGGACUUUAUGUUCACCGAUCCGAAGGAUGAGGACGGUGUGUCGCUGGUGAAGGAUCUGCUGUACUUUGCCGAUGUGUGUGCCGGUCCGGGUGGAUUUUCCGAGUACGUCCUGUACCGCAAGAAAUGGCAAGCGAAGGGAUUCGGAUUUACGUUGCGCAGCGAGAACGAUUUCAAGUUGGACGAAUUCCUGGCGGGCAAUGCUGAAACGUUCGACGCGUACUACGGUGUCAAAGAGGACGGCAAUGUGUUCGAUCCGGAGAAUAUCGAAUCGCUGCAACGGUACGUGCUCAGUCAAACGCAUGAAACUGGCGUUCAUUUCAUGAUGGCCGAUGGUGGGUUCUACAUUGACGACAAGAAUAUCCAAGAAAUCAAAUCGAAACAAUUGUACCUCUGCCAGUGCCUGACGGCCCUAUCACUGCUACGGGACGACGGCAGUUUUUUGGUGAAACUUUUCGACAUUUUCACCCGAUUCAGCGUCGGACUGGUGUACCUGAUGUACAAAUGUUUUAAGCAAAUCUGCAUCCUCAAACCGAAUACCUCACGACCGGCCAAUUCCGAACGCUAUCUCAUCUGUAAAUACAAACUGAGCAACACGGACACCAUCCGGCAACAUCUGUUCGACAUCAAUCAGGAGAUGUGGAACAAUCCGAAUGCCGAUGUCGACACACUGGAACUGGUGCCGCUGGACAUUCUGACCGAAGAUCAGGGCUUCUUCAACUACAUCGUGGAAAGUAACAAUCGAAUUGGCCGCAAUCAAAUUGCCAGCCUGCUCAAAAUUGCUGCGUACAGCAAAGACAGUAAACUGAUCGAGCCACGCCAGGCCGACAUACGCCGAGACUCACUGCGAGCAUGGCAAUUGCCGUUAACGCAACGGAAAAGUAAAAUGAAAUUGGACAUCCACACGACGUUCAAGCAGCUGAUGGAGAGUUGGUUCGACGAAAAGGAUUUUAUGUUGGCCAAAGAAGUGACCCUGGCCAUCAAGCCGAAUCUGCCGUGCGACCAGUUACUGGCGUCGGUGUUCCGUGAUCGAACGGAUUGGUCAUUCAUGCCGAUCGAAACGGUUGAGGACAGCGGCAAGAACAUUCGGACGUUCUUUAUGAGCCGUGGCGGACGCGACGUGUUUUCCUAUUCGAACGGUUCGUGGAAGCCGUUACAGAACGUUGUGCUGGAAAUAUCGGCCGACACAUUGAUCUACGGCGAAAUUGUCAAAGAGUCGGUCGGCGAAUGGAAGUCCCAAACGAUCGUCUAUGCGUUACACAUCAUCGACGGUAUGAUACUGGGCGGCAUAAACAUUCGCCACUUGCCGCUGACGGAACGGAUAAAAAUGUGCGAAAAAUUCGCCAACGCACUGAACAAACCCAGCAAAGUGAUCAACGAUGGUGCGACGCAGAUCUGUACAUCACCCAUAUCAUGCAAACGGUUGUACCAUCUCAACGAAUUCCGGCCGUUUUUCGAUCGGCUCAAUCACUAUACGCUUAAAGACGGUCGCCGACGAUUGGGACUGAAAAUCCGCAGUCUGGUCGGACCGGAACGGUACUAUAUACCGCGUGGACUGUUGUUUUUCAACGACAUGAAGCCGAACAUUGUGAAGCACUUCUCGAAGACGCACCAGAAAAUGUACUUCAUGGACAAGGGAACGGGCAACUCAUUUUUCCAGGAUCAGAUGAAAGAUCCGAAUGCGGUGUACGCAUCGUUCAAAACAACAUUUGUCAAUCGACGAUUGUGGGAAUGGCAAAUCGAGCAUCAGGUGUUCGAAGACCUGGAGGGCAUUCCAAAGAAUGACGAGUUAUUGUACAGAGUCGAUCUGGACCAUUACAUCUAUGAUGGCUAGAAACUGGCGUGUGUCUGUGCACGCCUUGCAAAGAAAUUAUUUAUUUUAUUUUCGGAAUUCAAAUUUUUCGAAGUUUUUUUCAUUUUUUGAAUUUUUGUAUAAUUUUGAUAUUCAAUCAAUCGAUGAUGAUGAUUCGUGUGUACAUGGUGGUACACACGCUGUUAAGAGAUUUUUUUUUAAUUUUAUUUUUUCAAUCAAUUCAUAUUGCACCGUUGGACGUUGUUCCAAGAAAUAAAGUUUUGAAAAAUCAGAGGCGAGAGAUGCGCUAAAUGAAUUCAGAAAUAAAACUUUAAGUUCCGACGAA